AAGGAAGCAAGGAAGGAAUGAAGCGACAAAAGAACAACGCAAGGAAAGAAUGAAGGAAACGAGGAAGCAAGGAAGGAGGAAAGAAGGAAGUGAGGAAGGGAGGAAGCAAGGAAGGGAGGAUGCAAGUGAGGAAGGAAGGAAUCGAGGAAGCAAGGAAAGAAGAAAGCGAGGAAGCAAGGAAGGAGGAGAGAAGGAAACGAGGGAGGAAGCGAGGAAACAAGGAAGGAAUGAAGCCAAAAAGGAAGGAAGUGUGGAAAGAACGAAGGAAUCGAGGAUGCAAAGAAGGAGGAAAAAAGGAAGCGAGGAAGGAAGGAAGCAAGGAAUGAAGGAGGGAAGUGAGGAAGUAAGGAAGCGAGGAAGGAAGGAAAGAAGGAAGCGAGGAAGCAAGAAAGAAAGCAAGCGAGGGAGCAUGGAAGGAAGGAAUGAAGCAAGGAAGGAAGGAGGAAAGGAAGUGAGGAAGAAAUUUAUGAAGAAAGCGAGGAAACAAAGAAGGAGGAAAGAAGGGAGCAAGGAAGGAAAAAAGCAUGGAAGGAAAGAGGGAAGCGAGGAAGGAAGGAAGCGAGGAAGGAAGGAAGCGAGGAAGCAAGGUAGGAAGGAAGCGAGGAAGGAAAGAUGCGAGGACGGAAGGAAGCGAGGAAGCAAGCGAGGGAGGUAAGUUGCGAGGAAGGAAGGAAGCAAAGAAGGAAGGAAGCAAGAAAAGAAGAGGCGAGGAAGAAAGGAAGGUAUGA